CUAUCAAGGUGACCGCUGCGGCUUGGUGGCAGUGGUACCAAACUUCCUGUGCGCUUCACCGCCUUCCAACAUUACUCCGCUGGUUUCGAUUCCCAGACAUUCUUGCUUGGCUUCUUUUGGUCUAAAUGAAGCAAACAUAUCUGUGAGUUUGGGCGUUGUUGUCGGCACCGCCAUUUGUAGCGUCUGAUGCUUACCGGAGUAAAAACGGCGGAUAAUUGCACCGCGAUGCUGAUACAACAGGUACGCUACGGCAACAUCGAUAUUCUGGUGCCAAGACGGGAGGGUGCGGGUGCUGGCAUCUAUCGGCCACAUCUUCGCGCAAAAUUUGAACCUGAUAUCUUUGGACGCAAGACAUCGGAGGAAAUUGAAGAAAAAAUAGACCGUAUAUGGGAAACCAAAUCUGCAGAAAACAACCGUCUGUACAACGCAUCCAAGUUUCGUCUGGCUGGGUGCGAGGCGUUGCAAGGAACCCUGUUGUUGCAUUUUGGCCUUACUUGCUACAAGGACAUGUGCGGCACCAACUUGUCUGAAAGUUCCUCAAGUCUGCAAGCCAAGGGUGCAAAAGACUUCUCGAAUAAACAAGCAUACAUGUCAGACGCCGUGGGGGUUGGCCUUCUUCCUGUCACCUGUGAUGGCUGCCUGGUAGUGACGCGUCGGGCAAUGUGGACCGGUGAGUACCCUGGGGCACUUGACAGGCCCGGGGGUCACCCAGAGCCAAGUCGCAUAUUUUUGCCGGACGGGUCGCUGAAACCUGACCAUGCUGCCAGAAAUAUAGAAGAAGCCGUAGCGCAGGAGGUGUGGGAGUCGGCGAGCCAGGAGGCCGUGGAUGAACUAGGCAUCGGCAAAGGCGACAUUGGGGAUGUAAUGUUCCUGGGCGUGACUCAGAACCUUGAGGCAGGGGGCAGACCGACCCUCGAGUUCUUUGCCAGGCUGGGUGUGAGCGGUGAGCGGGUGGCAACCGUGUACGAGCUGGGCAUGCAGGCCGAGGCGGAGGAGAGCAGCUCCGUACACUUGUUACCACCCCCAACUCUGGCACAUCUGUCCCGCCUCUUGCAACCCUACACACUUACAGGAGGCUCCGAGAAACCCGUGGAGCACAGUGCUGGGCCAGUGGAUGAAGACGUCCACUUUAAAGAGGCUCGCUGGCUCCUGCAGGAGGCUACUCCUGCCCUGCGGGCUUCUCUAAUCCUGGCCCUCAAGAAUAACCUCUUGUCUUCUUCCCCCUGACGAGAUAGUGCAAAUAAAUGAUAAGUCACGCAUCUCAAAUCAUACUCAUGUAUGUACUUCAUCAACAUCGACUCCUCCUGUUCCAUCUUUGUAUUGAAUUUGACAAAAGUAAUAAAUAAAUAAAUAAAUAAAUAAAUAAAUGAU